CUGAGUUUUUGGCGCUUGCUUGACUUCGUGCGGUGUUGUUGCAGAUGGCUUUGCGAUUUCGAAUUCUCAUUUAAGAAGGAUUCAAUAUGACCCAAAGGAUUACUUCAUGUACUGUUUCCGAAGUACCUGAACGUUUAUGCACUUCCUCCAUGGACGCACUACGAAUCUCACCGUUUACUGAUACGCUUUCCAACAAAACUGGCGAUGUAUGCAGAAUAGAGCACACUCAGUUCGGUGAAGUUUAUAUUUGUAGAGUGUGUAAUGUGAAAUGCACCGGUAAGGCCCCAUUUUCCCAGCAUAUAUCUGGAUCACAUCAUAGAAAAAACUGCAAUGCCAUUACCUAUUUCUGUAACGAGUGCAAUACAAGCCUUAAUUCUUCUGAACAAUAUACCCUACAUUGCAGUGGAUCAAAGCAUUUGCGAAAUAUAAUUUCUUCUUCUGACAAUUCUAUGUCUGAACAGUUUGGAGUUGAGCAACAAUUCAAUAAAAGCAACAAUGUUCCUUACUUCUGUAUACCUUGUGGUCUUAGUUGCUCUUCCAAAGAGCAAUUGGAUUCUCAUUUCUUAGGUAAAAAACAUAAGAAGCAAUGUAAAAAAUAUAAGCCAUCUGUAUCAGGUCAGCUGUCGGGGUACGUUUUGAAUGAACAGUCAAAUGAACCGAUUGGUCAACCUGACUUUUUCUCUUCAAUGCCUACUUUAUUCAGUACAGCUAGUGAGAAUUCGCCAAACUUUUGGUUUCCAAAGUUGGUUCCUUGUAUAAGAAAUAUCAUAGAGCUGGAGUCCAAAUUGACAUUAACAAAUAACUUUUCUCCGUUUUUGGCUUCAGUCACUCCCUGUUCAUAUCAAGAACAAACAGAUUCAAAGAGUGAUCUUUCACCCAAUCAGCAGGAUAGUGGCGACUCUUCUGAGCCCAAACAGUUUUGUAGACACGGUGAAUGUAUUCUGAUGAGGUCAUUACAGUUUUAUGAAGGUGAUUUAAAUACAAGAAUUGGUAAUCCUGGAUGAUUGGGCUAUUAAAUAUUUUUUGGGAUUCUAAAUGUCCUCAUGAUAACUAUAUAUUAUUAUUUUUUUGUACAGAGUCAUUGUAACGCAUUUUACUUGUCUUCUAAUACACUAUUGAUAAAUAUUAAUAAUGAUAUAUGUUGCGCUUAAAACAUUUAAUAUUGUUAGUUUUUUAUUCAAUCUAUAUACCAACUCACUUUUGAUACUUGGUAAGUUAUUUAUCAAACUAAAUUGUACUGAUUGGCCAUCUUAAAUGAGUUGAAUUUGUACUAGAAACUUAAUGAAACUCCUGCUUAGUUAUUUUAACUGGUCGGAUAAGAUUUCCUGGUGAAUAACAUAUGUUGGUCGUCAUUGAAGCACUUUUUCAUCGAUUCAUUCCUUUAUUUACACCUAAUUGGCACCUAAUAAGAUGAACUAGAGGUCUAAAUUUUGAGAAUAAAAGCAAUAAAACCUCAGUUUUUGUCUCUAAAACAUUAAAUAUUCGGGUGAAAUUAUACUUUUUUUUAUCAAAAUGAGUGGUUGCCUACGCGAUAUUUUAAUUUGUUUCCCCAAGUAGCAAUUAGAACCCUAGUUAAAUGGAACGAUUAUAUUUGUAUGAUUUAUACUUUGAAAUUCAUGUAAUUAUAUGCACAGAGUACGAGACCAUACCUCAAC